AAGAGCGGAAAUUUCAAAAAUGAGUUCCUGCAAUAUUUGAUUUAAUACAAAUAGCAAGCUAUAUUGUACUGUGUUUCGGAUUGUAAUGAUGAAUUAAAACAUAGUGUAGACAUACGUGUCAGUGUCAAGUCACGCAACACAGACAUGCACUGUUAAAUGUUGAGAACAACUUGAAUUUUUUUGCAUACUGAAACAAAUAUUGAAUCAUUGAUCAUCGGUCUUGUGGAAACCAAGAAAGAUUGAAGACGGUUGACUACAUAUACAUAACAUACACUCACACUGGCCACCUUAUAACAGUUCAGUUACCCAUACUAUGACACGCUAUGGCAUGUCAAUACUUAAACAUCGUUAUGCCUCAUAUCUAAACCAUGAUACCGAUUAUCGAAAGAAUGCAGUAUACCGGACACCUUCCGCCAUUUUGAUCAAUGGUCAUUCAACAACUUACAUCUUCCUGUCAGCAAAUACUUGCUAUGGAACAUGUGGAAGGAGAUGACUUUGCAGGUCCAGAUGUUCUGACAUAAAAAUGAAAAAAUUAACAGAGUCAUGGCGCCAACAAAAACAAUUCACAGGAGUGCGCAAAGCCUCCGAUGCUUCAGCCAACUCCUCUGUCCUCUCCUAUUCUGGAAGGAAGAGACUUGGGAGGAUCCCAGUAAACCCAUCUGCAGGAGCCACUGCUACAAGGAAGGGCUCAGAAAAUGACAGCAAGAAAGCUACCAGAACUGAAACUGUUAGAGCUAGUGGAGCCAAAGAUGUUGACAUCAGCUCAUCUCUCAGCUCCUCAUUUGGCCUUGAACUUGACUCUGACUUCAUGUGCGCAGUUGACAAAAUGGAAGCAGAUUAUCAACUGGGAAGCAAAGGAGCCCCCAUCUGCAGUACGCCAGUGGCAAAGUUGACUGAUGAGAAAACAAGAACACCUGUUCAACAAAAGCAAGGUGUUUGUAAUGUAGCCAUUUUGAACUCUGUAACCCCACAGAAGCAUAAAAAGGCAGCUGUGUCUGUCAGUGAUUGUGAUAAAAAGAUGGAUGGUGAUGGCUUAAUUAAACCAGCUGGAAAUGAAAGUAAUUCAAAAUAUACAUCUUCGCGCUAUCAUCAUAAUUGUGGGUCAGGUCAUGCACGUUCCAACGAGUCUCACACACCUACUAAAAUAAUGACAGGGAAAAGAACCAGGGCUACAAAGACUUCUUCAAAAUUACAAACCGCAAAAGCUAAACUCUCUCAGCGAAGUCAAGAUUCAGUCCACAUCCAGACCCCGACACAAAGUCCAGCAGACAAGAAACACUGUAGUGGGUUGGAAAAAGGAAAAACUACGAUGAAAAAGGAAAAACCCAUUCAGGCACUGUUUGCAACAAUAAACUCAUAUCAGACACCACCCACAACAACUCUGGCUACAGUAGCUCUGUGCCCUGACUCCUCCAGCCCCACCCCCCAGGAUUCACAGAGGCAGGGUAGGAGGAAGGGAGACAACCAUGGAAAGGAAGAGAUAGACAAGAUUGCUGGGGAAAUGGUGAGGGCUAAAAAGGGCGAAAAGGUCGACAUCGGAAAUAAAAACAAGUCCUUAAACAUUCAAACUUCUGCCCCCCUGACUGAAGUUGGGAAUAAAGCAAGUGUAGGAUCAGGUUUGCGUGAUAUCCAGAAUGUAGAAAAGUUAAAAUUUGAUAAUCAAUCUCAGCCGACCAAGUCUGUAAUCUCAGACAUUUGUGGCAGCAGUGGUGGAAACUGCAAGGAGAAUGUCAGGAACAAACACCCGUCUUCAACCAAAAGUUUAAUUACCAAACAGUCAGGACCUAUAGACAAGCAUCAGGAAGGUAAUACAGUGACUUGUUCUAGAAGGGAUAAGGUAAUGUCCCCAACUGGUAGUGAUAGUACAGAAACAAGCGGAAAAACGGAUGUGUGCUCAAAUUCAACGGAUGCAGCAUGUUCAGACAAAGGAGGUGUGGACCCCAACCAGCUGCUGCUGUCCGCGUGGGGGCUACCGGACGCCGUGCUGAGACAGUAUCACCGUGUGGGGGUCAGGCAGAUGUUUGAGUGGCAGGCUCAGUGUCUCUGUACUGGACACGUUCUCAAUGGAGGUAACUUGGUGUACUCAGCCCCAACCAGCGCGGGGAAGACGUUGGUGGCAGAGCUGCUGAUACUGAAGCGAGUGCUGGAGACCAAGAGGAAGGCUCUCUUCAUCCUGCCCUUCGUGUCUGUCACCAGGGAGAAGAUGUUCUCACUGCAGCAGCUGUACCAGGAUGCAGGGGUGAGAGUGAGUGGGUUCAUGGGCAGCUACUCUCCCCCUGGGGGGUUCAGCAGCGUCGACGUGGCUGUGUGCACCAUUGAGAAGGGCAACAGCCUCAUCAACAGACUCCUGGAAGAUAACAAGCUACACAAGCUUGGUAUCAUCGUGGUGGACGAGCUGCACAUGGUGGGCGACUCUCACCGCGGCUACCUGCUGGAACUGCUGCUCACCAAGAUCUGCUACGUGGCUAACAGAGUUAACACCGACCCAAGCACCGAGUCUACUGUGACCGAGGACCACGUGCAGAUUGUUGGGAUGAGUGCCACGUUGCCUAACCUUGACCUCCUGGCCCGCUGGCUGAAGGCCGACCUGUACAAGACCGACUACAGACCAGUGCCCCUCACUGAGAGUGUCAAGCUAGGGACCUCAGUGUUUGACUCCCAGAUGAGGAAGCUGAGGGACCUCGACCCUAAUCACACCUUCCCCGGCGACAGCGACCACAUCCUCCCACUGUGUCUGGAGACCAUCCUGGCCGGCCACUCCGUCCUCAUCUUCUGCCCCACUAAGAACUGGUGUGAGAAGCUGUCGGAGACCAUAGCCAGGGAGUUCUAUAAUCUCAGGAAGGCAGCCAAGCCUGCAGCAGGAGACUCAGAUAAAGGGUUUGUGAGGGCGUCAGCCCUGCUUCGCCUCCCCCUUGACCAGACAGCUCUGAGGGAUGUGAUGCUGCAGCUACAGAGGAGCCCCGUGGGACUGGACUCAGUGCUGGGGAGGACUGUGCCCCUUGGGGUCGCAUACCAUCAUGCAGGUCUGACGUUUGAUGAGCGUGACAUCAUAGAGGGAGCAUUCCGUCAGUGUUCUGUGAAGGUUCUGGUGGCAACUUCCACAUUAUCCUCGGGUGUCAACCUGCCAGCCAGGCGUGUGAUCAUCCGUUCCGUCAUGUUCCAUGGGAAAGUAAUAGACACCCUGACAUACAAGCAGAUGGUGGGCCGAGCAGGCAGGAAGGGUGUGGACACAGAGGGUGAGAGUGUGCUGGUGUGUAAGCCGAGUGAGAAGAGUCGUGCCAUGGAGCUGAUGAAGUCGGAGCUGCCACCGGUCAAGAGCUGCCUCAUCCGGGAGGGGAGGGAGGAGCUCAGCUCCAGCAUGAAGAGAGCCAUACUGGAGAUCGUGGUUAGCGGUGUUGCAACGUCUCCGCGGGAUGUUGCUGCCUACGCGUCAUGUACGAUGUUAGCAGCCACUUGCGAGGAGCAGGACAACAACCAGCUGAUUGACACCUGCAUCGGCUUCCUCAGAGAGAACGAGUUUGUCACACUGAAAACGUCUAAAAACAAUGAUGGCAGCACCAGUGAGAGAUUCUACCCCACCCAACUGGGCUCAGCGGUGCUUGCCUCGUCUCUAUCCCCGGACGAGGGACUGGCCGUGUUCGCGGAGCUGCAGAGAGCCAGACGCUGCUUCGUCCUUGAGGAUGAGCUGCAUGUCAUAUAUCUGGUGACCCCCAUCUACUCCGGGGAGGUGUCGGCCAACAUUGACUGGUACCAGUUCUACUGCAGCUGGGAGAAGAUGCACCCCAGCCGGCGCCGUGUGGCCGAACUUGUCGGCGUGGAGGAGGGCUUCAUCGUCAAGGCAGUCCGAGGACGCAUCCUCACCAAGACUGCUGCUCAGGCUCGGUCCGUUGCCAUUCAUCGAAGGUUCUACACUAGUCUAGUUCUCCUGGAUCUCGUACAGGAAGUACCCCUGAAUGAGGUCGCCAGGAAGUACAACGUCAACAAAGGUCAACUACAGUCUCUGCAACAGUCCUCAGCGACUUUCGCAGGUAUGGUGACUGUGUUCUGUGGCCGUCUUGGAUGGUACAACCUGGAGCUGAUCCUGUCGCAGUUCCAGAACAGACUGACGUUCGGCAUCCAGCGCGAGCUCUGUGACCUGGUCCGCAUUUCCCUCCUCAAUGGCCAACGUGCCCGCCAACUGUACAACGGUGGUUACCAGACAGUUGCCUCCCUUGCGAACACCAACCCACAGGAUGUGGAGAAUCUGCUUAAAACAUCCUCACCAUUUCAAAGUUCCAAGAGACAAGACAAUGAAAGUGAGUGGGAGAUGGAACAAAGAAAGAAGGCUCGCAGUAUAUGGCUCAGUGGCAAGAAAGGGGUAACAGAGGCUGAGGCAGCGGUCGCCAUCAUAGACGAGGCCAAGAGCAUCAUCCAGGCGGAGCUGGGAGGUCUCGGCAUCCAGUGGAAACAACGUCCUGCAGCUGAAGCUGAGGCAGAUGAAACAUCCGACGCCAGUGUGAGAGAGGAGCAGGAUGGGAACGCUGACGUCAAGGUGUGUGUCACCAGGCCAGGAUCUCGCAAUGAGAGCAGUGUUGAUGGCUCGUCUGUGAAUCAGGGAUUAAAGACACCAUUAAACCAGAGCAGACGGCAUGGUUCAGGGUCAGGUCGUAGACUAAGUUCAAGGUCAGGAGGCAGGCUAAGCUCAGGGUCCCGAAACAGGGUAAAGAGAAGGACAGGGUCUUCUUUGAUGUCUCCUGCUAGGAACAACUCACCCAGGUCUGGAGGCAUCUCAAGUGAUCGCAUUUCUCCCGAGGCAGGUAGGGGCAGAGGUACUACGGUACAGACAGAGAAGAUCCAUGUUGGUAUGAUUGUUAGUCCUCCACCAGCACUGAGGACAUCUUUCAGUAAGUUGUCAUCUGCAAGCCCUCUCAGUGCUCCUCAAAGCAGGGCUGACACCAAGUCUGGUGGAGCGAGCAGUUCCAGUGUUGUUAUGACCAGUGUUGUUAUGACCAGUGAUGAGUCCCUCAAGGGGGUGACAAGGAGGAUGUCUGGGGAUAAUGAGGAGAAAAUGUGUGUCACUGUAAACGUUGAUGCUAAGGAUGAACUUUCAAAUAAAACACAGGACAUUUUACCACCUAGCAAAAUGCAACAAAGCACUAACCCUGAGUACCAAAACUGUCAAAAGCCACAGAAAGGUAACAUUCGUCUUUCUAACGAAAAACAAUCAUUAGAUUCUUCUGAUUCAAAAUCAAGUUCCCACGAACAACCUGUUGCAGUCUUUCUUGAGGCGAUCGAUAGGUCUCCAAAUAUGAUUCUUUUAGAACCAGUUGUGACAGUAGAGAAAAGACCAAGUGUAAAUGAGGACCACUUAACCGAAGAUUUGUUCACAGAAUCAUUCACCUCUCAGAUGGUUCUGGAUGUCAAAAACUCUCCGAAUCUGCCACAACAAUCUCCCGUCACAAGUCCAGAGAACAGUGGUAAGCAUGCAAACUCUCCGUCUAGUCAUGUAAACUCAGAGAUUGAGUGUGUUGGGGAAGAUUUCACAGAUAGCUUCAUCCUUGACACCCAGACAGCUAGAGCUGUAUCAGGGAAAGCAAACAUCACUCAUGGCACACCAAGUCAUGGAUGCAUGCCUCAUGGACAAAGUUGUGUAGGAUCUGUGAGAGAACGAACAAAAUCUAGCAACGAAACUAGAGCUCUGGCAACGGAGACAAGCCCUUCAUUGUACACUGAAGAGGGGGGUCAGGAUUUCAGCGGUUCGGAUACAUUGAUAUUGCAGUUGGAAAGCUGCCCACCAACCCAUACGUCAUCUUCUGAAUCUCAUGACAAAGGGAAUGGUGGCUCUGUCCAUGGACAGGGUGAAGGGUUGGUGGAGAAAGGGGUUCCCUCCUGUAAUGUGAUCGGUGCUCAACAAGCAGCGGAGACAAGUCCUGUGAUGUAUAGUGAGGAAGGAGAUAAGGACUUUAGUGGUUCUGAUGCUUUGAUUCUGGAACUUGAGAGCUGCCCACCUACCCAGAGUCUUAAACCAUCUUCAGAGACUCGUGACAAUGGGAAAAGAGUUUCUGGUGGGCCAACAUCACCACUGUGUGACAUGGAUGAAUCUGCUGGUCUGAUCCCGGCCAGCAACUAUGAGAGGAUAGCCUAUCAGGAAGAUGCGUUUAUGGACUCCACAAUGUUUGAUUGUGAUGAGACAUCUUACACUGAACUGAAGAUUCCAGACAAGCUGCCACAGGACAGCACAGUCACCAAGGACAUUGUUAAGGGCUACCAGUGUGAUCAGAAUCUUGUAAAGCAGCAUGAUGAGAUUUCAGAAGACAGAACGGAACGUCCUAGAGGAUCUUGUGAUAAUGUUGAACAGGUUGAUCUGAACACUGAGGAGAGACCAGAGGGACUUCCUAUAGGAACUGGACCAGGAUGUCAUGGAGGUCAUUGUGAUGCUGAAAAGGUGCUAAAGAUUGGUCUGAACACGAGGAAGAGGCCGGAGGGACCUCCUACAGGAGGUGAACCAGGACAACCUGGAGGUCCUUACAAGACUAAACAGAUUUGUUUGAACACUAAGGAGAGGUCAGAGGAACCUCCUUCAGAACGUCCCAGCCCUGUGUCCUCUGACUAUGAUGAGCAGCUGCUGCAGGGGGACCUGGCUGCUGCCCUCAACAUGACAGACUCCUUUUCUUGCUCUCUCCCCAACAGUGGAAAAGAUGCUGGGAAGAGUCACAGCAAAACUGUGAAAACUCCUGUUGUCCAAAACAUUGUCAGACAGGUCAUGAUUGAGGCACACCACAUCAGUACUAGUCAGUCUCGUGAGUUGUCCAAGAAAAGUAAUUGUGAUAAAGAAGGUAUUAUGGUUCAAUCAAAGCAAGCUGUGAAAAAGAAUAAUAGAAAGUCACUGGCAGGGUCACCAUUAAUGGAAUUUGAUGAUCCAGAUAACAUUUUCGGACAUUCUUUGACCUAUUCCAUGGUUGAAAAGCUUGUUGAUGACAACGAUGCUCAAUUGAAUAAUAUGGACUCGAACUGUGAUAACAAAACAACUGCUGAAUCAGAUUGUAAACCCAGAGGUGAUUCAUUGCCCAAGAAGAAAAGGAAGAGUGUAGAGGCACAGGCUUCUACACCAAAUAUCUGUCGGAAGCAGAAGAAAGAUGAAUCGACACCUCGACUGGGUACCUCUCACAAUGACAGCAAUGGCAGUGACUGCCUUCCACCAACACCCCCUGAGGGGAACAAGGUGAUCAUGUCACCAUGUCUGAGGGCGACACCAGCGCGGAGCUGCAGGAAGGCACCCCUCAGUGCCUCCGUCCUCAAGACACAGGCUGGUAAAUCUGCAACUCCAAAGAACAAGCCUUCAGGUCCAGUGAGGAAUAUUUUAACGGGGGAUAAUAAUUCUGGAAUGAAAGACAUGUCGGGAGGAUGUGAUAGAGAUGCUAGGGCAACUCAUGACAGAAAGAUGAAGGGGUCUGGAGUAAUGGGUGCUUCUUCAUCAAAUAAUUCUGAAGGAGAUGAUGUGACAUCAAAUCUUCGACCUUCAGAUUCCAGUGGGGUAGGAGACUCAGAUAGUCUGCUUACACAGGAGUCCUUUACUAUCAUUGAUGUGUGUGCAGAUCGGAGACUGUUUGAGAGUUUCGUCACAGAAUGGCGGGGCAAGGGAGAAUACUCUCUGUGUGUUGCAUGUGAGAAGAAGCCAUCUUGUCAACCUCAGGCUGGUGUCGGCAUUGGAGGAAACUUCAUCAAGAACAGCAGGAAGUCUGUUGUCUCCCUUGUUCCCGGUGUUGAGGUGGACGGUGAUGACCGUGUCAUCGUGGGUGUGGCAGUGUCGUGGGAGAACAGGGACGCCUACUACAUCUCCUUCUCCACUGUCAGUGACAUCAGCGACCCUGACGACACCCUAGCCCCACCCCCUUUAGACGCCAGUCUCUCAUUGGAGGAGAAGCUGAGCAGUAUCAAGUCAGUGCUAGAACAUGGUCACACUCACUCAGUGUCUCUCAUCGCCUAUGAUGUCAAGUCCCAGUACACGACCCUUGCUAGGGGGUGUGGCCUGUGUCUGGGGGGGCGUGUCCAGGACCCCCGUAUCGCCAGCUGGCUGCUGGACCCGGGGGCGAGGGAGCAGAACAUGCAGGGGCUGGUCACCAACUACCUGCCCCAGGAAGUCUUCAUGAUUGACAAUAUAGGAGGGGGACUGGGACUGGGGAGUGUGGGGCUGGCCCCCCUACCCCCGGGCAGCGGGCGGUACAGAGCCACGGUGGAGAGCGUCCUCACCAGGAGGCUCAUGGCCUUCUUCAUGGAGAGGCUGAGGGACGAGGGGCUGACAGAGGCCUUCUGUGACAUUGAGAUGCCAGUCGUCAUUACCAUGGCCAGGAUGGAGCUCAAUGGAUUUGGUUUCAGUGAGACUGAGUGUGACAGCCAGAAGACUGUCAUGGAGGCGAAGCUGACUGCCCUUGAGAGCCAGGCCUAUGAGUUGGCCAAGCACCCCUUCUCCCUCUCUGCAACAGAUGAUGUUGGGCAGGUUCUGUUUGUGGAGCUACAACUCCCCAUCAAUGGGGACCCCAACUCUGCCCCUGUGACACGGACAGUGGGUCACCGCGGUCAGCGAGGGCGUCAGAAGGCCUCGUACAGCACCUCCAAGGACAUCCUGGAGAAGCUGAAGCCGCUCCAUCCUCUGCCCGGGGUAAUCCUGGAGUGGAGACGGAUCUGCAACGCCCUCACCAAGCAAGUGUUCCCCCUACAGAAGGAGAAGGUCCCCUGUCUUCACCUGAACAUGUUCCGCAUCUUUGGGGAGUGUCAGUUGCACACUUCAACAGGGAGAGUGUCCAUGUCAGAACCAAAUCUGCAGAACGUCCCCAAAGAUUUUGAAAUUGCUAUGCCAGACCUGAUUGGUGAGAGCCCACCAGCCAACGCCGCCAACAUGCCAACACUCAGACCAAGGGGAGGUAGCUCUAAGCUGAGGCAGGUCCUGGGAGUGAAUCGUCAAGUUGCCAGGGUAACAGAUGCAGCACAGACAGUCAGUGUGGCUGUUAGCAUGAGACAUGCAUUUAUUCCAUUUAAAGGUGGUGUUCUGCUGGCUGCGGACUACUCCCAGCUGGAACUGAGGAUUAUUGCCCACUUGUCACAGGACAGGAAGCUCAUGGCUGUCCUCAACAAGGAUGGCGAUGUGUUCAAGCUGAUUGCUGGCCAGUGGAAGAACUGUUCACCAGACGACAUCACCAGCGUUGAGAGGGCUCAGGCUAAACAGGUGUGUUAUGGCAUGCUGUACGGCAUCGGCCCCAAGGCACUGGGGGAGCAGCUGGGAGUGGACGAGAAUGACGCCUCGGUCUUCAUGGAGACGUUCAAGGCCAAGUACCCGGGCCUGCGGACCUACCUGCGGUCCACCGUGGAGUCGUGUCGACAACAUGGCUACGUCCAGACCAUCUCAGGCAGGAAGAGGUACCUCCCGGCCAUCAAGGACGUCAACCCACAUGCCAGGGCACAGGCAGAACGUCAAGCUGUCAACACCACCGUCCAGGGCUCAGCUGCAGAUGUUGUCAAGGCUGCUAUGAUACAGGUGGAGAUGGAGCUAGCCAGGGUCCUGCCGCAGAGUGGACAGUCACACAGGGCGUGUCGCAGGUGGACAGAUACACCCAUGAAAGGAUGCAGGCUCUCGUCACAGGUCAGUGGCAUUCCCAGGGGAGCAUUCCUUGUGUUGCAACUGCAUGAUGAACUGAUAUACGAAGUCUCCCAAGGGGAGGUAACUCUAGCAGGCCAGGUGAUACAGAGAAACAUGGAGGCUGCCACCAAACUCUCGGUGAAGCUCCCUGUGAAGGUGAAGGCUGGAGCCAGCUGGGGAACUCUAGCAGAGAUACACUUGAAAUAACAUGGAGAUGAACUGUGUGACAGAAUUGUUCUGUCAGGAUAGGCUAAACUUAAGCUGCAGUAACAAGAUUAUUACGUUUUUCAGGAUUUUUUGUGUGCAUGAAAUAAGAUAAAUCAAACAAGAUUAGAACAGGGCUGACAGGCUUAAGAGUGAGAAUGAGAUAUAGUGCUAGUGGUUGACUGAGACAUACUGUCAUGGGUUGAGUGUAACUUGUGUCAUGGAGUGAGACGUAUAUAUAUAUAUAGUGUCAUAGUUGGGUGUGAUUUUUGUCAUGGAUCGAGACGUAGUGUCAUGGGUUGAGUGUGACUUGUGUCAUGGAGAGAGAUGUAGUGUCAUGGUUGCAUGUGACUUGUGUCAUGGAUCGAGACGUAGUGUCAUGGGUUGAGUGUGACUUGUGUCAUGGAGAGAGAUGUAGUGUCAUGGUUGCAUGUGACUUGUGUCAUGGAGUGAGACAUAGUGUCAUGGGUUGAGUGUGACUUGUGUCGUGGAGAGAGAUGUAGUGUCAUGGUUGCAUGUGACUUGUGUCAUGGAGUGAGACAUAGUGUCAUGGGUUGAGUGUGACUUGUGUCGUGGAGUGAGAUGUAGUGUCAUGGUUGCAUGUGACUUGUGUCAUGGAGUGAGACAUAGUGUCAUGGGUUGAGUGUGACUUGUGUCGUGGAGUGAGAUGUAGUGUCAUGGUUGCAUGUGACUUGUGUCAUGGAGUGAGACAUAGUGUCAUGGGUUGAGUGUGACUUGUGUCAUGGAGUGAGUGUGACUUGUGUCAUGGAAUGAGUGUGACUUGUGUCAUGGAGCGUGACUUAUGCCGUGGAGGGAGACGUAGUGUCAUGGAUUGAGUGUGACUUGUGUCAUAGGCUGAGUGUGACUUGUGUCAUGGAGUGAAACUAAAUGUAGUGGGGUGAGUGAGGCAUGGUGUCAUAGGUUGAUUGAAACAUGGUAUCACAUUGUCAGACAUACUUAGAACAGAACUAAACAUGCCACAUAGAGAAAGAUGACACCAGCCUUCACGGAACAUGUUCUUUGUAUUUUCAUGAUAAUAGUUGUCAAAGAAUGCCAUGUGAUUAUUCUACUGAUGCACACUGCUUCAGUUGUGAAUUACAGCAAAUACUGAGACCAGCCCCAACAGCUUGUGGAUGUAACCACAUUCCUGUAGAUAUCGUGAUAAAGCUUGUGUUCCAUAACCUGACACUGGGUUUAUCUUGAUAUAUCCUGUAGGCCUCAGUAAUUGGGUCUCCCUCGGGUCUCCAUUGAGGUCUUACACAGCUAUACCGUAUACGACGUAAUAAGCGCCCAGAGCGCUCUCAAAAUUAGAAAUAGGGGUCUCUUAUUAGAAUAUUAUUUUGGUGGAGAAAGCAGAGUUGAAAGAUAAAUUUCGUGGUUCAUGCUGAC